AUGUCGUUGAAAUCAUCUCUCGCCGUACUUGCGCUCUUCGCGUCGGCGCUAGCGCUGCCGGAAUCAACAAAAUCACUCAAUGCUCGCGCUGCAACCUGCACGCCGAAGGCAGGCGGGUCAUCCUCGACAGAUGAUAUACCGGCUAUCACGUCGGCUAUCGCGUCAUGCGGUAAUGGGGGCACGAUUGUCAUACCGGCUGGGACAACGUACUAUCUCAACAGCGUGCUUGACUUUGCUGGCUGUGCUGGCUGUGACUUCCAAGUCGAGGGGCUCCUAAAGUUUAGUUCGUCGACAGAUUACUGGGAAGGACGUACGGCAAUGAUCAACAUCAAGAACAUCGAUGGCAUCAAAAUCCGAUCAUUGACGGGCAAAGGAGUCAUUGAUGGCAAUGGACAGAACGCGUGGGACCUUCUCGCCAAGGAUUCCAGCUAUGCCCGGCCAACACUCCUCUACAUCACUGGAGGCUCGGAUAUCCAGAUCUCGAACCUGCGUCAAAAGAACCCACCGAAUGUCUUCAACUCCGUCAAAGGAGACAGCAAGAAAGUGGUCUUCAGUGACCUCAAAAUGGAUGCCACUUCAAAGAGUGACAAUGAGCCUAAGAACACCGACGGCUUCGACAUUGGCGCCAGCACAGAUGUGACUAUCAAGAAUGUCAAUGUGAGCAAUGAUGACGACUGCGUCGCCUUCAAGCCAGGAGCGAAUGGUAUCACGGUCACGGAUAUUACCUGCAUCGGAAGUCAUGGCUUGUCUGUUGGGUCUUUGGGUAAAAGCUCCGAUGAUUUCGUAAAGAACGUGUACGUCUCCGGAGCGACGAUGAUCAACUCAACCAAAGCUGCUGGGAUCAAGACGUAUCCUUCGGGCGGAUCGCAUGGUGUAUCGACCGUGAGCAAUGUCACUUUCACAGACGUUGUGGUCGAUGGAUGUGACUAUGCAAUUCAAAUCCAGAGUUGUUAUGGAGAGGAUAGCGAGUAUUGCGCUAAGAACCCUGGCAACUCGGACUUGACGGAUAUUGUCUUUGAUAAAUUCAGCGGGAAGACGAGCGGGAAGUAUAAAGCAGUCACGGGAAACCUGAACUGUGGAUCUAAGGGAACAUGUGGUGUUCUCGUUAGUUCCUAUACUGUCGAAGCUCUUUCUGGAAAGAGCGAGGUACUCUGUGCCAACACCCCUUCGAGCUUGGGGACUACCUGCACUUCCGGUGCUUCGGGGUAA